CAUUCCUACUCGCAACAUCAAUCAAACUUGACACUCGAAUGCGUUUAAAAAUGACGGAAUAUAUCAACACUUCAACAACAAUUUAAGUGAUUUUCAAGUGCAAAAUAACUGACCUUACUUCGAAUAAUUAUUAUUUAAGGCUUGAACGAUAAGAUACAAAUCGACGGUUUUUUUCUGAACAAUAAAAGGUGAAGUCUUUAAAUACAGAAUUUUAUGAUGGAAACCACUUGCCCUACUUUCGAUAAUGCAGGAUUACAAAUCAGCGAACAUGCAAUAAGUUACCCCACAGGCGACCAAAUGUCCGAAGAAAUAUUUGAGUCUAAAAGGAAUGAUACAGUAAUAAGCCGAACACUUCCGUUAACCGAAAAUGCAACGAAUUCCCAUCCCUUAAUGUAUUCGCCUAGUUCUAAUAUGUCGCCUGAUUUUCCCGAUGUUAUUCCCGAACAGGCCAAGAACAAGUACAAAGAAGCCAAGUUUCACCCCGAGGUCCAAACUGCAGCAUUCGACAACAGUACUGAUUCCUGUGAUUCAUUUGAAAGGCAAUUAAAUUUGUCACCAUCCGAAUAUGAUGAAAAGUUACCUGAUUUUCCUAAAAGCCCUUCGGCUUUAAAAAAGCUACUCAAGUAUGAGUUACCUGUAGAAACCUCUUAUGAACCUACUAGUGAUACUGAAAAUGAAAAAUCUAUUUAUGAAGCCCAUUUAAGCUCCAAUCUGCAGAACGUCUCUCUUACAAUGACUGAGAAAGAAGGCAACUUAAACUUUCUGGCCCAUAACAAACGCAGCAAUAAAUUGAGACAUAUCAAGUUUGUGCAUAGGGAAAAUCAGAAAAGCGAUGUUUCCUCUAUGGAUAGUGACUCAGAUGAGAGUCUCAAAUCGGAUAUCUUUGAAGAUGACGCUGAAAACUUUAAAGCUGAUCUGGAUGAAGAUAAUAACACAUCUGAACCGAUAGAGCCGUUAAGUGCAGAGGAAGAAAGACGGCAUGCUCGAAACUGGCAACGGAUGAUUCUUCCUGGUGGCGAACACAGAACGAUUGAUAUGCGCGUUAUUGAGCCCUACAAAAGGGUUCUAUCACAUGGCGGUUAUCUUAGAGCGGGAGGACAUACGGCGAUUGUGGUGUUUGCAGCCUGUUACUUACCCGACAAGUCACGCGUUGAUUAUGAUUAUGUAAUGGAUAAUCUGUUCCUAUAUGUGUUGUGGACGUUAGAACGGCUAGUCACCGAUGAUUAUGUAAUGAUUUAUCUUCAUGGAGCAGCCAAUAAGUUGCCCUCGUUUUCUUGGUUGAAGAGAUGCUAUGAAAUGGUCGGUAGAAAAUUGAAGAAAAACUUGAGCCAUCUUUACAUCGUGCAUCCAACGCUUUGGAUCAAAACCAUGCUGUAUAUGUCAAAGCCCUUUAUCAGUUCCAAGUUUUAUCGGAAAAUUUCUUUCAUCGGAAGCCUCCGAGAACUGCUCACCAGGAUUCCUUUGGAAGCAGCCGCAAUUCCCGAUAAAGUCAAAGCUUUCGAUAGUUUGCACGGGGCACAGUAAUCUUGGAUUCGAUUAUAAGGUCUAUUUUCUUGAAUGUUUCUACACAUUUUUGAGAUUAAACAAGAGGAUGAGGGGGUACUUAACUAGUCUAGUAGAUCUGUCGAGCUUUAAGGUGAGCAUUCCAAUUUAGUACGGUUUAGGUGCUUAACGCUAUUUUAAUUGUUCCUAGUUUUUUUUAUCCCGAUAGGCAGUAUUCAUAAAAAUCUCUAAAAUUCCACUUAGCUUUUCACAAACUCAAUAAUGCAAAAAUUUUACUGACCGUCGUCAUUUUUUAUGCCAGAGUCCGAUUUUCGCCCAAAAAUUGCCAAUUUACUUCAGCUGGUUUUAUGAAAUUAAUGCACGCAAGUUAUGUAUUAUGUUAAUUGUUCAUUCCAUUUGCUUUUGCAUACACACAUUUCCAAUUCCCUUGGGAGCAGCGCAUUGAUAUUGACGGGCUGAUUAAUUUGAUCGGUCCAUAAAAUAUAGUUCCAAGCUUACAGUCAGCAAGUAAACGUAAGCUUAUUGUUAGUUAAUUGUUUUUUGUGUUUUCCACUUAGUAACGUGCAAUUUACAAAAAGUAGAAAAUAUACAACGAAUGAGCGUCUAGGAAUAUUAUUUGAUUUGCAAAAUUUUGUUUAUAUAUUUAUUUGUAUCUUGUAGUUUUCCUUUGAUUUGAUAAUUGUCUGUGGUAUUUUUUACAUUCCUAUUUAUUUUACUCAUUGUUUUUGAACCAAAAGCGAUAUUAAUAUUAAAACUAUUAUUUCAUA